UUUGUUUCCAGCUAACUGAUUCUCUCUUGAAAAUGAGAAUGGAUAGCAGUCUUGGUUCUCAAGUUGCUGUCCUGCUUUGCUUUCUUCUUCUUGGCUCACCUGAUGGCAAUGCAGGUAUUCUUAGGACUUGCAAGUUCGAUGCCAUAUAUCAGCUGGGGGAUUCAACAUCCGACACUGGGAAUCUGAUCCGAGAGGACCCUUUUUCUCCUUGUGCAAAUGGCUUACUUAUCAUCGAUUUUCUUGCUUUAUCUGCUGGAAUCCCAUUCCUACAGCCCUACUUGAACAGCGAAGCACUAUUUAGUCGCGGGCGUGGAGUGAAUUUCGCGGUUGCCGGCUCCACCGCUUUGCCUGUGGAAAUUCUAGCUGAAAACGGAAUUGUUGCCCCUGUUACCAACACUUCCCUUAGCAGGCAGCUUGACUGGAUGUUCACCCAUUUUAAUGGCAUAUGCCGCGAUGAUGAAGAUUGUUACCAGAAACUUAAAACGGCUCUGUUCAUUGUUGGGGAGAUUGGAGGCAAUGACUAUAGCUACGCCUUGUUUCAAGGCAAAUCCUUUGACCAAGUCAAAUCCAUGGCCCCUUCCGUUGUUCAAGCCAUAAAGGAUGCUGUAGCCAGAGUCGUCGGCUACGGUGCUACUCGGGUGAUUAUUCCCGGAAACUUCCCGAUCGGCUGUUUGCCAAUACAUCUCAGGGGGUUUCGAUCCAAUGCUUCGGAUGCUUACGACGAUUUUCAUUGUCUCAAGGACUUGAACGGCUUGUCAAACCAUCACAAUGACCUUCUGAAACAAACUAUAAAAGAAUUGAGAAAACUUCCUAAUGCGAUCAUAGUAUAUGCCGACUAUUACAAUGCAUACAUGAAGCUCUUGAACAAAGCGGCGUUUCUUGGUUUUGACCCUCACACGACGGACAAGGCUUGUUGUGGUUACAAUUUGGGGUCCAACAAAAUGUGUGGCGCACCAGACGUUGCACUGUGCCCAAAUCCCGACCGCUACAUAAGUUGGGAUGGAAUCCAUUUCACACAAAAAGCUUACAAGUUUAUUACAGGCUGGUUCCUUCAUCACAUCUAUCCACACCUUCGCUGUGCCGUUUGAGUUGCAUUUAUUAUUUCUGU